AUGGGGAAGAUCACCUUCUACGAGGACCGCGGCUUCCAGGGCCACCGCUAUGAGUGCAGCAGCGACCACUCCAACCUGCAGCCCUACAUCAGCCGCUGCAACUCCAUCCGCGUGGACAGCGGCUGCUGGAUGCUCUAUGAGCGCCCCAACUUCCAGGGCCGCCAGCACUUCCUGCGGCGCGGCGACUAUUCUGAGUACCAGCCGUGGCUGGGCCUCAGCGACUCCGUGCGCUCUUGCCGCCUCAUCCCCCACGCUGGCUCUCACAGGAUCAGACUUUACGAGCGGGAAGAUUACGGAGGCCAGAUGGUGGAGCUGACUGAGGACUGCGCCUCUCUCCAGGACCUCUUCCACUCUGGUGACAUUUACUCCCUCCGCGUGCUGGAGGGCUCCUGGGUCCUCUAUGAGAUGCCCAACUACCGGGGGCAGCAGUACCUGCUGAGGCCUGGAGACUACAGGCGCUACCACGACUGGGGGGCCACAAGAGCCAGAGUGGGCUCGAUGAGGAGGGCUGUAGAUUUCUACUGA